AUGGCCAACAGCCAAACCUCUACAAAGGAAGAUGGGAAAGGAAGCCAACCAACCUCAUGUAUAAAUCAGGUUACUGUAAAAAGGAGAAUUAGAACUAGACUGCUGACUAAGCAGAAGCUUGAUGCUCGUGAUUGCUCAUCCUUUGUGGUUGCAAAGGUUGUUAAAUUAAGGGCUGGUAAAACUAAAAGAGGCAAGUUUAACAUGAACCACGAAAACCGUGCUCUGACAGACAGCAAGUUAAUAGCAUCAUUAGUGAAGCUUGUUUCAGUGACACUCCACACAGUGUUAUUGUCGAGUGCACCAUUUGAUCCGGUAGCCAAGAUUUUACGGCGAGCAGACAAAAAUGAUGAUGGCAAGCUGUCCUUUGAUGAAUUCAAGGCUUACUUUACAGAUGGAGUCCUGAAUUUAGAAGAGAUGCAUGAAUUGUUUCGUACUAUUGAUAGCAAUAAUACCGACAACCUCAACAUUGAAGAAAUAUGUGAGUACUUUUCUCAACAUUUGGGAGAGUAUGAAAAUGUACUGGCAGCACUGGAGGAUUUGAAUAUUUCUAUUCUAAAGGCAAUGGACAAAACAAAGAAAGAUUAUCAGGACUCGUGUAAUCUGGAACAGUUUGUGACUCGCUUUUUGCUGAAGGAAACAGUGAACCAGCUGCAGUCUUUACAGAAUUCUUUGGAAUGUGCCAUGGAAACCACAGAAGAGCAGACACGCCAAGAAAGGCAAGGUCCAGUGAAACCAGAGAUCUUGUCAAUUAAUUGGUCAGGCAAACGGUCCAUUCGAAGGCUUCAGAGAACUAAUAGUCUGUCUCCAAACAAUACCAAUUUCAGCACCUUGAACUCAGCCAUCCAUGCAGAUGAGGACUUCCAGUGGAUGACCCAGAUAAACCGGCUUCAGAAGUUAAUUGACCGCCUGGAAAAAAAGGACUUGAAGCUUGAACCACUGGAAGAAGAAAUACUGGAAGGAAAUGCCAAAUCUCAUAUUCUAAUUGUUCAGCGACAAAUGUCGAUACUGGAAGAGGAGCUAGAGGAAUUCCGUCUAGCUUUAAGGCAGUAUGUAGUAUCUGCAACUGCACAAACCGGAUGUUUGCACAUUUCUGUGCAGAAAAUCUCAGCUGAAUCAUGUUUUACACUUUAUGAAUUCUGGGAAAAUACCAAUCUCUGGAAAAACCACAUCCAGACUAAUUACAGCAAAACCUUUCAGAGGAGCAAUGUAGAUUUCCUGGACACUCCAGAACUAAUAACAACAAUGCUUGUGCCUGCAUCAUGGUGGGUUCUGAAUAAUAACUGA